UUUUUGGAAACACUUCUCACGAAACUACACCAUAACAACUAAUUUUCCAUUAUGGCGCGUCUCUUUUUCUUUUUCUUCCGUCUCUCGAUCCCAUCGAAAACUCUCCUAUAGCUUCUCAAAGACCUCCCCGUUUUCUUCGCUAACCAGAAGAAUCCUAGCUCAGACCGAAUUGACUAAACUGAGGCGUCGUACCACACAACCACAGGGAUUCAUUAUCUGGCCAUGCGACUCUGGUUCUCUGCAGUCUCCCUCUCCAGAGAGGAUUCGAAUUCUUUUUCAUCAAGUAUAUUAUUGUGUCUUCUUCAGUUCUCCGCUCUUAGUCAAUUCUUUAAUUCUACUACAAGAUAUGUCCACCGAUACUCAUGCCCCUAAUCCUAGAGGUCUUCUCUGCAACGCUGGCGCUGGUGCUGCUGCCGGAGUUAUUGCUGCUACAUUUGUGUGUCCUUUAGAUGUUAUCAAGACUAGGUUUCAGGUUCACGGGCUGCCCAAGCUCGAUAAUGGAACUAUUAAAGGAAGUCUUAUAGUGGGUAGUUUGGAGCAAAUAUUCCAGAGGGAAGGGUUACGUGGCAUGUACCGGGGCCUUGCUCCUACCGUGCUGGCGCUACUUCCUAAUUGGGCAGUUUACUUUACUAUGUAUGAGCAGUUCAAAAGCUUUCUGUCUUCUAAUGGUGAGAAUCAUCUUUCAGUAGGUGCUAACAUGAUAGCUGCUUCUGGUGCUGGAGCUGCAACAACUAUUUUCACUAAUCCUCUUUGGGUUGUGAAGACAAGACUUCAAACUCAAGGAAUGAGAUCGGGUGUGGUACCAUAUAGGGGUACACUAUCUGCGUUGAGGAGAAUAGCUCACGUGGAAGGUAUUCGUGGAUUAUACAGUGGUCUUCUUCCUGCAUUGGCCGGCAUUAGCCAUGUAGCCAUUCAAUUUCCAACUUACGAGAAGAUAAAGUUUUAUUUGGCCAAUCAAGAUAAUACUACAAUGGAUAAACUGAGUGCACGAGAUGUUGCAGUGGCUUCAUCCGUUUCAAAAAUAUUUGCUUCCACAUUGACAUAUCCACAUGAGGUGGUACGCUCAAGGCUUCAAGAGCAAGGCCACCAUUCUGAGAAGCGAUACUCAGGUGUGGUUGAUUGCAUUAAGAAAGUAUUUCAGCAAGACGGUCUCCAAGGAUUUUAUCGUGGGUGUGCCACCAACCUUCUUAGGACGACCCCGGCUGCUGUUAUUACGUUCACCAGCUUUGAAAUGAUACACCGGUUUCUUGUUACUCGCUAUUCCCCUGACUCGCAUCCUCACACAUUGUGAAUGUGGAUAUUUCUUAAGACACUGGAUAGGCCAUUUUGCAUCGCUGCUCACACAUUGUGAAGGUGGAUGUAGUUCUUAAGACUUUGGAUAGGCCAUUUUGCAUCGCUGUAGACAGCAAAUGGACGAAUUUAUGAGGUUAGCAUUACGUUGUGGCGGUGGUUUCCUUGUGUAUUUUAUUAAUUUAUGGAAAGUCUACAUCCCCCUAAAAGUCGCUAGAGGGGAAGAAAAUUCUUGUUACAGUGAUAAUGAUAAUGAUGACAAAAAUGGUACACUGUAGACUUAAAAGAUUCAAACAUUUGUUCUACGAUUAGUGACUGUUCAAUUAUUUUUUUCUACCAAAA